AUGCAUAAAUAUAGUAUGCAAGAGAUAAAAGGAGACAUGAUGCAGAAGAUGAGAUGCUUUCACCUGACGGGCUUCCGCGCACAGCUGGUGCCGUCGGACAAGCCCGUGCCGCAACCCACCGGUUCGGAGGUGGUCCUGAAGGUGCUGGCAGCCGGGGUGUGCCACAGCGAUGUGCAUAUCUGGGAGGGCGGUUAUGACCUGGGCAAUGACCAGACCAUGUCGUUCGAGGGACGGGUGAAGUUCCCGCUCACCAUGGGCCACGAAUCGGCGGGUGAGGUUGUUGCAGUGGGACCGGAGUCAAAAGACGUGAAGGUCGGCGACAAAUGCCUGAUCUGCAGCUGGAUAGGUUGCCGCGAAUGCGCGUUCUGCAAGCAGGGCGACGAGCACCUGUGCCUGGCACCGCGCUUUCUGGGCGUUAACCGCGAUGGCGGGUACGCAGACCAUAUCGUCGUGCCGCAUGACCGCUACCUGAUAGACCUCAAGGGUGUCGACCCUGUUGCCGCGGCUCCGCUGGCCUGCUCUGGCCUCACGACUUACAGCGCAUUGAAAAAAGCCGGCCCGCGCCUGGCCGAUGACCCGGUUGUGAUUGUUGGCGCCGGCGGCCUUGGCAUGAUGGCCAUCAACCUCCUCAAGACAAUGGGCGGCAAGGGUGCCGUGGUGGUCGAGCUGGACCCGCUCAAACGCAAGGCAGCGCUGGAUGCUGGGGCGAUUGCAGCCAUUGACCCGAAAGCGCCUGACGUCGACAAACAGAUCCGUGACGCGCUGGGUGCACCGGUUUAUUUUGUACUUGACCUGCUGGUGCGUCGUCUACCAGCGUUGAAAGAGGCACGCGGAGCGCUUUUGCGAUUCCCCGCAUUUCGCUCAGCGUUGCCUCGCUUCCUGACGCUACCGCCUGAAACCUCUCAACUGACAAUCCGGCAUUUUUCGCUGCCGUAUUCACCGUAA